CAGUUUGCGCGGCGCUGUGUGUAGCUGGCGGCGGGGUCGGGAUGUUCAGCUGGAUGGGGAAGCAGGCGGGCGGGCGGGAGCGGGCCGGCGGCGACGCGGUGCAGACGGUGACCGGGGGGCUGAAGGAGCUGUACGCGCGGCGGCUGCAGCCGCUCGAGGACUAUUACCGGUUCCAGGACUUCCACUCGCCCACGCUGGAGGAGGCCGACUUCGACAACAAGCCCAUGGUGCUGCUGGUGGGGCAGUACAGCACGGGCAAGACCACCUUCAUCAGGUACUUAUUAGAACAGGACUUUCCAGGCAUGAGGAUCGGUCCAGAGCCUACCACAGAUUCUUUCAUUGCUGUGAUGUAUGGAGAUACAGAAGGGAGUACUCCUGGAAAUGCUUUGGUUGUGGACCCCAAGAAGCCAUUUCGUAAACUCAGCCGCUUUGGAAACGCUUUUCUGAACAGGUUCAUGUGUGCUCAGUUACCUAAUGAGGUUCUGAAGAGCAUCAGCAUCAUUGAUAGUCCCGGCAUUCUUUCAGGAGAGAAACAGCGCAUCAGUAGAGGCUAUGACUUCUGCCAGGUCCUCCAGUGGUUUGCUGAGCGUGUUGACCGCAUCAUCCUCCUCUUUGAUGCCCAUAAGCUGGAUAUUUCUGAUGAGUUCUCGGAGGCUAUUAAAUCAUUCCGUGGCCAGGAUGACAAGAUUCGAGUGGUGCUGAACAAGGCUGACCAGGUGGACACCCAGCAGUUGAUGAGGGUCUAUGGUGCACUCAUGUGGUCCCUCGGAAAGGUGAUUAACACUCCAGAGGUGUUGCGAGUCUACAUUGGUUCUUUUUGGGCCCAGCCUCUACAAAACACGGAGAACCGCAGGCUCUUUGAGGUGGAAGCCCAGGAUCUCUUCCGAGACAUUCAGAGUCUCCCACAGAAGGCAGCUGUGCGAAAACUCAAUGAUCUCAUCAAGAGGGCAAGACUUGCAAAGGUUCAUGCUUAUAUUAUCAGCCAUCUAAAGAAGGAAAUGCCAUCUGUAUUUGGAAAAGAGAGCAAGAAGAGGGAGCUGAUCAGCACAUUACCUGAAAUCUAUAUCCAACUGCAACGAGAGCACCAUAUCUCACCUGGGGACUUUCCAGAGGUCAAGAAAAUGCAGGAACAGCUGGAGAACUGUGACUUCUCUAAAUUUCAUUCUCUGAAACCAAAGCUGAUUGAAGCUGUGGAUAACAUGAUGGCCAAUAAAAUUGCCUCUUUGAUGAGCCUGAUGAACCAGGAAGAAAGCAACAUGCCUACACUGAUUGUGCAUGGUGGAGCCUUUGAUGGCACCACAACCGGACCGUUUGGCCAGGGAUAUGGGGAAGGUGCUAGGGAAGGAGCUGAUGAGGAGGAGUGGGUUAUUGCCAAAGAUAAACCUGUAUAUGAUGAGAUCUUCUAUACUUUGUCACCAGUCAACGGCAAAAUCUCUGGGGUCAAUGCAAAGAAGGAAAUGGUGAACUCCAAACUGCCGAACAGCGUCCUGGGGAAAAUCUGGAAACUUGCAGAUUGUGAUAAUGACGGCAUGUUGGACGAGGAGGAGUUUGCUCUGGCAAAACAUCUCAUCAAGAUUAAACUGGAUGGAUAUGAACUGCCCAGCACCCUACCACCUCACCUAGUGCCACCAUCACACAGGAAACCUUUGCAGGUGUCAGAGUGAAAAACACAGGGAGGAGAUUCAGUGAGGGAUGGAGGGAACUGAAAGCCCUCUGAAUCUUUUUACAGAUGAGUUGAACCAUCAAGACUUGAAAUUAGUGGCAAUCUUUAAAUCACAUAUCAGAUUUCAAACAAAUUACUGUAACCAGCACCAUAGUACAGAGGUUACGUGUGUAAUAGCUCUGGUUGACCUUCACUGAGACAGGUUUAUCACAAGUCCCUUUUGUAACUACUUCCACACCUUACAUUGCUAAGAUAGCAAGGCUUUCUUUGAGAAUCACACUGUCCAUGUCUCAACCAAAAAGCAGAAAAGAUAUAGACCGCACCUACAAUCAUGUACUAAACAUGAAUACCUAGGAACACAAAGCUCCCCAGACUCUUUAGCAAGUGAAAGGAAACGCUAAUGCUCUAGAAGGCAUAGAUUUGUUUAAUAAAGAUACUUCAGGUGCCUUUGUGAAUGGCAGCAUCCCUAGCUUUAGAAAAGACAGAAAUACAAAGAACACUGCCUUCAUAUUCUGCUGUUGAUUUUAAUAAUAUUAACUUGUGGGAGGAAAGGGGGACAUGGGUAGAACUUUUUGUAAGAAUGUUCAGGACAUGAGCAGAAAGAUAAGAAUUUUUACAAGAGGCUAUUUUUUAAAAUCUGCAAUUUAUUAAAACUGUUUAAAUCUGUCAGCUGUGCAUCGUGGUAAAUGGAAGAAAUGCUUCUUUUUGCUUUGUGCAUAAAAUAAUCUGCAACUGACCCAUUAGCUAAAAAGAUUUGGAUCCCCACUGUAUUGGGGAUGGGAAUUUCAAGAUUUCUGUUUAGCUGCUUUGCACAUUGUUUGGUAUAAAUUCCUGAACUUUUCCAGUUAUAGCACUGUUUGGUCCUGGUUCUUGGAAGCAUGGGAAUUCACAUGUUUUAGCAGAAACAGAGGCCUUGUUUUGAAUCAUGAGGGAAGGGUGUAUUGCAUUAAACUUCUUUUCAGGAUAUUCACUGUG